AUGGUCGCCGCAGCCGCAACAGAUUCUGCUCUGCCCACCCUGCCUGGCGGCUACAACUACCCGCCUCCCACCGUACCUCCAUCCGCUGGCGCCCCUUACUUAGCAUCCUCGCAACUACCAGAAAAUUUUGUCUUUAUCGUCGUUGGCGCUGCCCUGGGCUUUAUUGCCCUGUUGAUCAUAGGAUGGCAGAUCCUGAUGUCCUGGUCGAUCAACCGCCGCUUCAAACGUGAUGCAAGCGCGUCUGGAACUGGGAAUGUUUCCUAUACCCCUCUUCCAGAUCUGAAGAACCCAGCGGCGCAAUCCUCACACAACAUGGCGGAUCUGAAAGCAUUACCUAGGUCGUUCUCGAGCGUGCCUAGUCUUUUCUUCUCGCCUACUGCAGAGGUUGCCAAACAAUCUCAACGUCCUCCAAGCAGUCAACAUCAUCACCUGCCGGCAGGUCACUAUCGAGAUGCUUCAGACUCCUAUCGUCGAUAA